AUGUCGGCGCGCGGGCAGCAGGAUCUGGCGCACCUGGUCCAGCACGGCAGCCUGGACGCCCUGCGCACCAGCCUCCCGUCCGACGCGGGGAGGUGGGUCAACUCCGACCAGCGGCAGGGCAACGCCGGGCAGACUCUUCUGUUCACCGCGGUCCAGAGGGAUAAGGACUGCAGGGAGGUCUGCGAGCUCCUGCUGGACGUCCACAAGGUCGACCCGAACGCGCAGGACAAGCGGGGCCAGACGGCCCUGCACUACCUGGCCAAGACCAAGCACCUGGCCUGCGUGGACCUGCUCGUCGCGCGGGGGUGCAAGGUCGACCACGUGGACAAGUACCUCCACCAGACGCCGCUCUUCUACGCGGCCAGGUGGAGCACGCGCGACAUGGUCAAGCGCCUGGUGGACCACAAGGCGGAGGUCAACUUCAGAGACGCGAGGGGGCAGACGCCGAUGUUCUGGGCGGAGAGCCUCGAGGUGUGCAGCGAGCUCAUGCGCGGCCGCGGCGACGCGUGCCUGGCAGUGGACACCGCCAACGUCACGGUCGCGGAGUCGCACCGGCUGCGGCCGAACCCGCAGCACGACAUCUCCGAUUUCCUGGCCACGUGCGCGGAGGUUCGUAGGAGGAGCCGGUUGACCUGGGCGGUGCAACGGGUGGAGCCCGCGGGGACCCCAGCGAGCGGCGGCUACGGGAACUGGUUCGCGUACACGACCUCCAUCGCGCGCGGGGGCGACGUCGACCAGCUGUGCGAGCUGGAGAACGAGUUCGUGGAGGACCACCGGCAAAUGCUCGGGAGCGCGCUGUCAGAGGCCGAGCUCUGGAACCAGGUCGGCCUCAACCCCGACGCCACGACGCGGCGCAACACGAUACGCAGCAUCACGCAGGUGACGCCGGGGACGCCGCGCUCGGGCAAGGUCAGGCACUACACCGUCAAGUGCGUGCACAUGCCCCCGAACCCCGACCGCGUGACGGGCACGCCGCGCAACAAGACGCACCGCGUGGUCGGCUACGUCUACUUCAGGAUCUGCGAGGGCGACCGCGAGGACGGCGCCGGCGCCCGCGGCGCCCGCGGCGCCCGCUCGGGCGCGGCGGACUCGUCGGCGGCGCGGGCCGCCCCCGGCGCCGCGACGGGCCGGGCGGCGGCGGGCGGAGCCAGCGACGCGGCCGCCGCGGGGGCGGAGGCAAGGGACGCCAAAGGCACUCGGGGCCACAUCGUCGUCUCCCACCUCAAGGUCAACGCGCACCACCAGCGGAGGGGCGUGGCCACCUUGCUGCUGGCGGGGAUGCUGCAGUUGGUGGAGACCGAGCACAAGGGGUUCAGCGUGAGCCACCUGUACCUCUCCGUCGUGGCGAAGAACGCCUCGGCCGCGGCGCUGUACCGCAAGCUGGGCUUUGUCCAGACCUUCAGAGAUGGCGAGACGGUCCAGUGGCUUCACAUGAAAAGGUGA